AAUGGCGGAUAAAGGAGAGAGUCUCGUCGUGGGCAGAGAAACCCGGCGAAAUGCUGGAAACUUGAUGUCGAAACUGAUAGAAGAUGAACAAGAAGUUGAUGAUUUUUACAAAACAGCUUUUGGAGGUUUUGAAGAAGAAUCCGGGGAUGAGAAGUAUUCUACUGAGGAAGAAGAAGCGGACGUUGUUGACUCCGACUUUAGCGUCUCUGAGACAGAUGAAGUGAUAGAAGAUCAGGCAGAUGACGAACCAGUAAAAAAGCGAAAAAAGCUGGUAAUCAAACCGUAUAAGGCUCCGAAGAAAGAUACAGGUCCUUCAACUGCUACUAAAGAGCCAGAAGCGAAAAAACGGAAAAGUUUCGAGGACGCUCCUCGAGAAGGCGUGAGAAAAUCAACUAGGGCGCUUACUGUUGAACGCGCCGAAGCAACGAAGAAUCGUUUCAAACUUGAGAAGGAGAAAAAGAACUUGCUUAAAAAGAAGCAGCCGAAAAAGUUUCUCGACAUGAGGCGCCUUACUCAAGAAGAACUUUUGGCAGAGGCGAAAAUAACGGAAGAGGAGAACGUGGCUUCGCUGCAAGCUUAUCAACAAUUGGAGGCCGAUAAAAAGAAAACAAAAAUCCAGAAGGUUGCAUUGAAGGGACCCAUUAUCCGCUUCCACUCUCUGUCCAUGCCAGUCGUAGAAGUUUCAGAGCCUCUGGUGAAGGUUGAUGACAAUGAAGAUGAGGAAGUGAAUGUAGAUUCAACAAAGAGGUGUUGCAGGAAUUUUUUGAUUUUCACAGACGCAAAGAAUUUUCCCUCUGCAUAUUUUCCUACCAAAAAACUUAAAGUUCCACACAAGACGUACUGUCCAGUCACAGGGUCACCAGCUCGAUAUCAAGACCCUGUCACAGGUUUGCCAUUUGCAAAUGCACAGGCUUUUAGAUACAUAAGAGAGAGAUAUGCAAUGCAAGUAGAGGAAAUGAAAGGAAAGACUUCUGAACUCGAACAAAGAAGAGCGAGAAAGUUGUAGGAUCAGUAACUGCCUAUCUUAAACUAUAUGAAACUGAGAAGUAUAUUGGGAACGGUUAAACCAGGUCAUGUGGCCCCUGAAACAUAUUCUGUAACAGUUAUGUAUCUGUGAAUUAUUUAAUUAUUCAAUGUAUGUAUCAUUGCAGGUAUUGAAUUUUUGGAUCUACAAGCAUUUUCCUUUCUGGUUUUGUUAAUGGUAGAUUUACAUGAUCUCACUCCAAAUUUAUAACAAUGCAAGCUGAACAUUCCUUCCUGUGAUAUCACUGUAAUAUAGAGAGUUUUUGUGUACAAAGAUGGGAGAUUGUGCAAUCUUAUGAUAUCCAAGGUACAGGGCUCGACACUAACAGUAGCCCACUAGCCACAGACUAGUAGAAAUUCAGUUUUGGCUACUGGUUUUCAGUUUCCACUAGCCAGUUUGGCUAGUAAACAGAGUGAAAUCGUCAUUACACCUAAAAACAUAUAAGAUGUCACUAGCAACUUGGUGAGUAAGUUGAAAAGUUAGUGUCGAGCCCUGAAGGUAGCUGUAUUCUUUAGAAUUACAGUGAGUUAUGCAUGUGAGAAUGCACAUUUGAGCUCUGUCUGAAGCGACAGCUUACAAAUUCAAGUUUUCAAAAUGAUUUCAUGAUCUACAUCUAUUAGGGAUUGCUUCUAUUGGUUUGAAUUCAAUGCUGUCUUCUUGAUUUCUCAAAAAGAAUAUGCACAUCACCAUUCAUUAACAUGAAUAGUUAACCAUACAUUAACAUGUCCAUCCAUUGGUAAUGUGAUUCAACUCAGCCAUAAAAUAUUUUACUAGUCAAAUUAUUUUUUGUUUUUGAUAUUGUUAUUAAAGGUGUUAGCCACUGUCAUUUUUACAAGUUAAAGUAUUAUCUUGUAUAAACUUAUAUAUAAAUCCAUUAAAAAUGUUUAAUUAAUUGUAA